GGAGAGAGGCAGACAGGAUCCUGGCGGCAGAGGGACGAAGGGAAAGGGGACCCCGGGGCAGGAGAGGCGCAGAGCCCGAGCGGGCGGCGGCGGCGGCGGCGGCGGGGCAGGGCGGGUGUCCCGGCAGAGGGCGCGCGGUCGCCCUGUCGCCCUCCGCCCCGCCGGGGUCACGGCGCCCCCUCCCCCGCGCCCUGGCCGCCCUGCUGGGCUAUUUUUACGCGCGGACACCGGACACCGGGCUGGGGCUGGGGCGGCGGCGGCGGCGGCGGCGGCCGAGGUGGGGCCGCACCGGGCCGGGCAUCGGGGCCACACGUCCGUUCGCGGGUCGCUGGGGCUGCGCGCGCCAUGGAGCCGCGGUGCCCGCCGCCGUGCGGCUGCUGCGAGCGGCUGGUGCUCAACGUGGCGGGGCUGCGCUUCGAGACCCGGGCGCGCACGCUGGGCCGCUUCCCGGACACGCUGCUCGGGGACCCCGCGCGCCGCGGCCGCUUCUACGACGACGCGCGCCGAGAGUACUUCUUCGACCGGCACCGGCCCAGCUUCGACGCGGUGCUCUACUACUACCAGUCCGGCGGGCGGCUGCGGCGGCCGGCGCACGUGCCGCUGGACGUCUUCCUGGAGGAGGUGGCCUUCUACGGGCUGGGCGCGGCGGCCCUGGCGCGCCUGCGCGAGGACGAGGGCUGCCCGGUGCCCCCCGAGCGCCCCCUGCCCCGCCGCGCCUUCGCGCGCCAGCUCUGGCUGCUCUUCGAGUUCCCCGAGAGCUCGCAGGCCGCGCGCGUGCUCGCCGUGGUCUCCGUGCUGGUCAUCCUCGUCUCCAUCGUCGUCUUCUGCCUCGAGACGCUGCCUGACUUCCGCGACGACCGCGAUGGCCCGGGGCUCGCCGCGGUGGCCGCCGCCGGCCCGUUUCCCGCUCGGCUGAAUGGCUCCAGCCUAGUGCCUGGAAAUGCGCCCCGCCUGCCCUUCAACGACCCGUUCUUCGUGGUGGAGACGCUGUGCAUUUGCUGGUUCUCCUUCGAGCUGCUGGUGCGCCUCCUGGCUUGUCCAAGCAAGGCGAUCUUCUUCAAGAACGUGAUGAACCUCAUCGAUUUCGUGGCUAUCCUUCCCUACUUCGUGGCGCUGGGCACCGAGCUGGCCCGGCAGCGAGGGGUGGGCCAGCCGGCCAUGUCACUGGCCAUUCUGAGAGUCAUCCGACUGGUGCGUGUCUUCCGCAUCUUCAAGCUUUCCCGGCACUCCAAGGGCCUGCAGAUCUUGGGCCAGACGCUUCGGGCCUCCAUGCGUGAGCUGGGCCUCCUCAUCUUUUUCCUCUUCAUUGGUGUGGUCCUCUUUUCCAGCGCGGUCUACUUUGCCGAAGUCGACCGGGUGGACUCCCAUUUCACUAGCAUCCCGGAGUCCUUCUGGUGGGCAGUGGUCACCAUGACUACAGUCGGCUAUGGAGACAUGGCACCCGUCACUGUGGGUGGCAAGAUCGUGGGCUCUCUGUGUGCCAUUGCCGGCGUGCUGACCAUUUCCCUGCCCGUGCCCGUCAUUGUCUCCAAUUUCAGCUACUUUUAUCACCGGGAGACAGAGGGCGAAGAGGCAGGGAUGUACAGCCAUGUGGACACGCAGCCUUGUGGCCCAUUGGAGGGCAAGGCCAAUGGGGGGCUGGUGGAUUCGGAAGUGCCUGAGCUACCACCUCCACUCUGGGCGCCCCCAGGGAAACACCUGGUCACCGAAGUGUGAGGGACAGUUGAGGUCUGCGGGACCUCACACCUCCUUAGAGGGAGGGAGGGAGGGCAGGGUGGAGGGAAAGGCUUGUGGGAGGGGGUUGAGUUUAGGAAGAGCUAGGUUAAGCGGUAAUGAGUGGGGGACGGUCUUGGAUGGUAUGGUUCGGUAGCUCCUGUGGGCAGCUCCCUAAGCAGCAGCGAAUGGCAGUGGGUUGUGUUGUGUUGAUGGAGACUCGGUGGGUUCCUGUUACACUGAGCUGCACGGAGCUCGUGGAGCCCUGUGGGUGGUGUCGAGGCGGGUUUGGUCAUGUCAUCUCGUGAGUUUCCUGCGUCGAUGUUGGGUUUGGUUGGGUUGUGAGUCUGGGUGAGUGUUGUCCGGCUGUAUUGUGUGGGAUUCUGCGGUUUGGUGGGUCCCCUGGGGCCAUGGUGAGUCAAGUUAGAUGGCCCCCCGUGGCAUCAUUGAGAUUGAUUGUGCGGUCAGGCGUGGUGCUCAGUUUCGUUGAGACGUGGUGGAGAUUGUGCUGCUUUGCGGUUCUAGGGCCAUGUUAUUUUAGGUUCUCUGAACUUGUGAGUCAUGUAGAAAUGGGAAGAGUCAAGUGAUAGAAUUUGAGCUUUCUAGGUCACACUGGGUUACGUGUGUAUGACCGAAUGCAUCUCGUGGGGUUCUGUUGGGCUGAAUAGGCCACAGGGAGGUGAGUCGUGUUGCACUGUACAACCCUAUGAGCCCUGUAAGGCCGGUUCGGUGGGGUCACGCCACUGUUUCAAUCUCACAGGGCUAUGCUGAGCUGAGUUCCAUUGAGUUGUAUCACUAUGUGAGUCCUAUAGGAAGCUGGGUUGAGUUGGACCGUGUGAAUGAGUUCCAUAGGGCUACAUUGGGUUGUUUGGAGUUUCGUGGUAGCACCAGGACCCAAAGGUAAUAGCAGCGGGGGAGCAUCAUAUAUUAGGGAGCAAAUGCAGUGGCGAGGGCUGUGGGAGAUGUACUGAGCUGGCUCCCCAGCUCACUGCAGGAGGUGGGACUGCAUUUUGUAUCCAUGGGUUUGGGUGUUCAUCAGAGGCGAUCGGGGUGAACUAGGAAGAGGUGGAUGCUCCCCCCGUUUAUCCACAUCCACUUCGUUGUGCCGUUCACCCCAUUCUCCCCUACAGUCUUUCACUCAGACAUGGAGCUCAGAGCCCCAAGGGAAGGGGGAGAGGGGGAGAAAACCGCACUCUGUUCAGACAUGAUAGAGGGACAGAACCAAAAGGAUAGUGAGAGAGACCAGCGAGGGAUAGAGACCCAGAAAGAGGAAGAGAUGGAAACCCAGAGAGACAGAGACCCAGGGAGAGGGAGAUAAGGACCUGGAGGGGGGUAGAGCAGAGACGCAGAAGAGGGGAACAGAAAUCCAGAGUGAGAAGGGGACAGAGACCAAGAGUAGGGGAUAGAAGCCGGGUGAAGUGGCUCACGCCUGUAAACCCAGCAUUCUGAGAGGCCAAGGAAGGGGGAUUGCUUGAGGCCAGGAGUUCAAGACCAGCCUGGGCAACAUGGCGAGACCCUCUCUCUACAAAAAAUACAAAAAUUAGCUGAGUGUGGUGGCGUAUGCCUGUGAUCCCAGCGACUCAGGAAGCUGAGGCGGGAGGAUCCCUUGAGCCUGAGAGGUAGAGGCUGCACUGAGCCAAGAUUGCACUGCUGUACUCCAGCCUGGGGGACAGAGCAAGACCCCAUCUCAACAAACAUACAAAAAGAGUUGGGGGAUAGAGACCCAGAGGGCAGUGUCAGGCUACCAGAGUUGGAGACAGAUCAACAGAGUCUCAGGGAAAGAGAAUCAAAAUAGAAAAGGCAGAAAAGCUGGGCGCGGUGGCUCACGCCUGUAAUCCCAGCACUUUGGGAGGCCGAGGUGGGCGGAUCACAAGGUCAAGAGAUCGAGACCAUCCUGCCCAUCAUGGUGAAACCCCAUCUCUACUAAAAAAUACAAAAAUUAGCCAGGCCUGGUGGCGGGCACCUGUAGUCCCAGCUACUCGGGAGGCUGAGGCAGGAGAAUUGCCUGAAUCUGGGAGGUGGAAGUUGCAGUGAGCUGAGAUCCUGCCACUGCACUCCAGCCUGGUAACAGAGCAAGACUCGGUCUGAAAAAAAAAAAAAAAAGAAAGAAAGACAAAAAAAUGCAGAAAAAGUUGGUGCCCCUGAACCCAAGAGUAAUGCACAGUCUCUAUUCCAUAGAAUCACAGAGUGACCCUAAACCAGGUGUGUAGCCCACUCUCCCCGCAGCUCAGGAAGGCUGUCAGACAGGCUGGGGGCCUCACUCUGUCUUCCCGGGGAGAAACCUGAGUCUCAGAGCAGAGGAGUGGCUUCCCAAGGUCUCACAGCUUGUCCCCAGGGGCCAGGCAGGCUGUCUGUCUGCUUCACAUGUCCCCGUCAGCCUGCUGGGACACACGGGUCCUCCUGAGUCCCAUAGCCGCCUUUCUUACAGACAGGGAAACUGAGGCUCAGAGGAGCGCGUGUUACCCAAGGUCACAAGGCUGAACAUUUUCAGAAGUCUUUCAGAACUCGAAGGGCAUUUAAGGGAGGAGGAGGAGGAGGAAGGUUGAAAUCAAACACAUAUGGGGCUUCCUUUGGCACAAAGUUCUUUACUUGGAUUAAUUUAUUAAAACCUAUCCAGUGGUUUA